AUGUGGGAAACUGGCCCAGCAAUAGCUCAGCAGGAACCCAUUGCACCCAAUGCGAGUAAGCCCGGCGACGAGAACGAUGUGUUGCACCUGCAGCAACAGAUUGACGAGCUCAAGGCCACGCUAUCCACCAUGGCACAGAAGGGCCAAGUGUCGACAGCACCAGAAUCCGCCCACGCGAUGUCCGCAGCGCCCACCAAUGCACCCCGACGACGUCACGCUCGUACGUUGAGCACGAACGUGCGCGGCUCAUUCUCGAUGAACGUCUCUGGCGCAGGAACCCCGAGCUUCCGAAGUGGCUUCUCAACACCCACCGAGGGCCUCGAAUCGCCCUUCGAAUACCCCGACGACAGUCCAGUGUAUUCGCGACGAUCAUCUGUGCAAAGCAACAUCUCAGCACCAGGGAAGAGAGGACAACGCAUACCGGGAGGUUACAGGUGUUCGCAAUGCCCCUCAAACUUCGACCUGCCGAGUACGCUCAGGCAUCAUGAACGAAAGCACAUCGCCAAAGAUCAGCGCCGGCAUGGUUGCAAUGAAUGCGGUAGUCGCUUCUUGUAUCCAAAAGAUCUGGCGAGGCACGAGUGGAAUGUCCACAAGCUUGGGGCAUUUGAGGUAGCUGCUGGGCAGGAUAUGCACACGCAGUCACAGGCCACGAUCAACGCAGAUCAACAUCACACAUGUCACACGCAGGUGAUGAAGCAGAAUCCUGUUGAUACUCUGCAGUCGCGGAAGCGGCACUGGGAGCAAUGUCAAGCGGUCGUGCGGGCACGCUCGCGAGACCGACGGCUGACGAAUGAUUCAAACACAUCGUCAAUUGUUGUAGCUGAUAUGCCAGACGUGACCUGGCCAGAGGAUGUGUCGCCAAGUCUGCGGCGAGACUCGAUCAUACCGGAUAUUGUCACCGAAGAUACCGACAAGCCGGCUGUAGUGGGAGCAGAGUCCGACACAAGCCAAACAGUAGCCGAGUUGCGACAACGCAUCCGCGAUCAAGACCGCGGCAUGAGUGCGUUGAUGCAAUUGCGAGGAUAUCAUGAGGAGGUGCUACGGCAAUCGUCGGGAUUCGCCCUUACAGAUCACGCAGUCAUUCUCACGCCCAAUGCUGCCUCGAUCGAGACAGCGAAGCACUGGCUCGGCGCCAUUCACGCUCUGUUGGAGUCUGCACCGGCGCCGGCGAACGAGAGAAGCGUGCGCACGGCAGCUAUGAAGAGCUUGGCUCAGCAACUUGACGCGUUGCAGCUGGAAGGGGACUGA